AGAUUUCCAGAGCAGACCACCAGCAUAAAGGAUGGAUUAUGUCACUCACCAGGAUGACUGGUCCCAUCAACAGCCCAGGUCGGCCCUCAAGAGAUCCAACAGCAUAUCCAGACCCAGCGGCAAAACCAUUUAUGAACAACGGAAAGAGUACUCUCAGACCAUGGCUGCAGAACCCAACAACCUAAAGCAACGAGUGGAGCACCUGUUGACCUGUAAGCUCGGCUCAGGAACCAUCCAGGAACCUAAGGAUGUAAUCAAGAAGCUUCAGAAGAUGGAUGCCCAAGGUCAAGUGUGGGGCCAGGAUGUGGUCUUGCAGGUCAAAAACCACUGGCUCCAAAUUCUGGAUAUUGAGACCAGGGAAGAGAUGGAUUCCUACCCCUUGGAUGGCAUACAAUCCCUGGAUGCCAUAUCGAAUAGCUGUUCCUACAAUUCAGUUCUAUUAAUCAACCUUCAAGAGCUGGGCAAACCUUUGACCAGUGUCCUGCUAUUCCAGUGCUGGGAAGUCGGGGCUGAGAUUCUGAGGAGUAACCUACAGAAGGCCAUUGAUGAAUCCAAAGAGAGGCAAGAAUCAAGAUACAGAGUCGGGGGUACCCAACCCAAUCAGAAUAGGUGGGAGGCAUAUCCCCCAGAAAAUCAUCCCUGGAACUCCACUGAGCAGAGACUCCUCACCUCAUACCAGCCUAGUACCCAGGAACCACAGGGGUUUGGCCAGUCUCCCCUGCAGAAGGCAAAGCCUGAGCCCCAUCUGGACGUGGAGAGAGAAAUAGUAAACAUAUCCAGCCUUAAUCUGGGACCCUCUGACUUUGGGUACACUGUGGAGGAAGGGGGGAGGAAUGAAGGAAGGAUCAGAGCCCCUUCCUCUUUCAUGGAAGACCAGAGGCUGGAACAAUGGACCCCAAAAAAUAACAAUAAGAAGAAGAAGAUUUUGGGGAAGAAGAAGACCCCAAAAGGGCUUCCAUCAGAACCCCAAUACAUAGAGUACUUCCGGAAGAUCAAACAUGCUUUCAAUCUCCUGGGGAAGCUGGACAUCUAUCUACAGCAGCCAGGUGCCCCUGAAUUUGUACACAUCCUCUUCCAAGCUUUGACCAUGGUAAGUCACUCUAAUGCUGUCUCCUGUCUAGCUCUUCCUGUCAAGGAAUCGCUGUUUCCAACAUACCUUCUGUUAUUCCCCCAGGUGAUGCCCAACUGCCCCAAUCCUCAUUGGGCAGCUUCUGUAGAUGUUCCCCGGUUAACCCCCAAGGCCAUUGACUUGCUGAAUUCUUGUCUGACACCAGAUGAAAUGGAUUUCUGGAAAAGUCUAGGAGAGUUCUGGACCACCAACACGGAUCAUGGGGUAGACCAAGAGCCCACAAAUUCUACACACACGCCCAGGUUCUACAGGCAAUCUGAAUCUUUAGAGUUCCCCACGGUCAAUCACCAGCACAACCCAGCCAAGGUAAGAAACAAUCCUGGUUCCUGGGAAGGGGAGACAUCCAGAACCUCAUCUGCCUGCCCUGCUGAGCUGUGGGCAAAGGGAGAAGAGGCCAGAGGUAAGAGUAACCUAAAAGACCCCAUGAGACUCCCAGGUACUGAGAAGAUCCAGUGGAGGACCGGAUGUCAGAGGUCCCAUCCUCCAGAAUCCACUUCCCCUUUGCCGUGUCCUCAUCUUGGAGGCCUGAGAACUCUCCUUGGUUUCAUCCCCUACAGAGCCAGUCUAGUCCAGAAGCCUCUCCUAAUGCAAGUCCAGUAUGAGUUUGAAAGCAGAAAUCCACGGGAGCUGACAGUGGCCCAGGGUGAGGUGCUGGAGAUUCUGGACCAGAGCAGACAGUGGUGGCUAGUGAAAAAUGAAGACGGGCAAAGAGGCUACGUCCCUAACAACAUCCUGGAACCCCUCAAUUCAGGCCUACAAAGGAACAGGAGCUGGUCUGGCUCCCCAGCUCGGGGUCCCAUGCUGCGGCCCACCUCUAAACCACAGGAGGUGAGGAAUUGGCUGGAGUCAGAGAACUUCUCUAACAUCACCGUUAAGACCUUGGGAAUACUAACAGGAAGUCAACUCCUGCACAUGCAACCCCGGGAGCUGUGGCUCGUGUGUCCAGAGGAUGCCCCCCGAAUCCUGGAACGGCUAGAGGAAGUGAAGAUGAUACUAGGGGUAAGGCUGGCAUAGGCCCCUGCUUUCUGAAUGUGUGUCUCUGUUGAAUAUUGGGAGUAACGGGGGAGGGGAUAAAGGGACCAGUAGCACUUGAGUGACUACAGGAGUUUGGGGGUACAGCCACUGAUUCUGACAAGAAGGCCCAUGG